CAAGUGCUGAAUGGGCUUGUUGGCGAGGGCCAUUAUGGGAACGGCGGAGGAGGUGGUGGAAAUAGAGAGUUUGGAGAAGAGUUUGUUGGAGGAGAAUGAGCGCGAGACGGAGGCGGUGCUCUAUGCGGCGUCGUUCCGGGAGAUGGAACACAGAUUCGUGAAGUAUCAAACAGUGCAGUGGGUGCUUUACUCCGUGUUGUUGAUUCUGGCAUGGGGCAUUGGAUUUCUCAUGUUGCUUUAUCUACCAGUGAGAAGGUUCAUACUGAGGAAGGAUAUUCGUUCUAGAACCCUCUAUCUCACUCCAAACGCCAUUGUUUACAAGAUUACGAGGCCGGUGCCAUUUCCGUGUUUUGGAGUGCUGAAGAAGGAGAAGCACGUUUUGCUGCACUCUGUGGCAGAUGUUGUGGUUGAACAAGGAUACAUGCAAUCACUUUUUGGCGUCUAUUCUCUUAGAAUUGAAAAUGUUGGAGUUAGAAGGCCACCCAGUGAUGAUGUUAAAAUCGAGGGGGUUGCGAACCCAAAUGCUUUCAGGAAGGCAGUUAUGAUGCGUCUAUCAAAUAUGAGAAAUGAGGUUAUGUCGAGGCAGGUUUCUACAUUUGAAGAUGUUCCAAACCAUCUGAUGAUGUCUACAUCGAAGUCAUUGAAACAUGAUUAUAAACCUUCUCGGGAGCAGCUACUAAUGCAGAAACUAGAGGAAGUUGGAAGCUCUGUCAAGAGAAUACAAUCUUUAUUUGAAGAGCAACAAUCCCAAACAACAGAAUCCAUAGAUUGAGGUGGUUGGGCAAUUUGUUGCAGCUGGUGAACAACAUGAGACAUUCUAGGGCGCAUAGAAGGAACAUGCUGCGUGCAGGAAUAAACAAGGUCAACCACCUUUUGGAUGGUACUAGCCUCAGGGAUAAUGCUAGAAGAGGAUGAAGUUAUAUGAGGAUCCAAGAGUUCAUGGUAGCGAUGAACUUGCACAAGAGGUGUUGCCCACUCAAAGAUACUCUGCCAACCAACAGAAUCAACUGCCUGUGUAGGUCUACGUCCACUUACUAUUUCAAGUAGUAGGACGCCAAAACUAUAUACGUCACUCUUUGUUGUAAACUCGUUUCUAUACACAAACUCUGGAGCAAGAUAUCCGUAAGUUCCACCUGCCAUGACAGUUCUCUCAUGCAUUACUUCGUACGGCACAAUCUUGGACAGACCAACACCCAUCAGGCGUGCUCCAAACUCCUCAUCCAGGAGUACAUUGCUUGCACGUAUAUCUCGAUGCACCACUUGUGGCUUAACCUUGUCAUGCAGAAACCUGUUGAAAUAGAGAGGUGGGCCGCAAUUAUACAUUAAUCAAUCUAUCAUUUAAGUUCAAAAUACUGCAGAGUAUGGAAUAUUUAAUUUAUUUAUUUAUUUACUUUUAAUCGGAAAAUCAAGUUUGGAACAAACUCAAGAGGAAUAGUUUCGUAGAGUGAAUGGAAUUAUAAUUACCGUUAUGAAAAAACUCAACAAACAUUCAUAUGGUUCCCCGGACAUGGGUUUCAAAUUA